CUUUUCUUUUGCAACAUGGCGCAUUUGCGGUAACUGUGGAAUGUCAGGCCUUGAAAAUAUAACGAGUUACCUUAAUUUUACAUUUUUAGUUUGUAUUCCAAACAAGACAGCUUAUAUUUAAAUUUAGUUUCUUACAGCUGUUAAUACUACUAUUACUAAUACUAUGGGAAAGAAUAAAAAUAAAGCAAAGCUUAAGCUGUCGAAAGAAGAGCUGAUGGUGAUGACGGUUGCAGAAAUUGUUCAAGAACUAAUCAGUGCUCACAAAGAAGGAAAAGAUGUGAACCUUAACAAGAUAAAAGGAACUAUUUCAGCUAAGUUUGGACUGGAAUCUCAACCUAGGCUUGUUGACAUCAUAGCUGCUGUUCCUUUGGAAUACAAAAAAGUUCUUUUGCCAAAGUUGAGAGCUAAACCAGUUAGAACUGCCAGUGGGAUUGCUGUUGUUGCUGUAAUGUGUAAGCCACAUCGUUGUCCCCACAUUAAUAUGACUGGAAAUAUUUGUGUAUACUGUCCUGGGGGACCAGACUCUGAUUUUGAAUACUCCACUCAGUCAUAUACUGGCUAUGAACCAACUUCAAUGCGUGCCAUUCGAGCAAGAUAUAAUCCUUACCUUCAAACUAAACAUAGACUGGAACAGCUAAAACAGCUUGGUCAUGAUGUUGACAAAGUGGAAUUUAUAGUCAUGGGAGGAACUUUCAUGGCUUUACCAGAAGAUUACCGUGAUUACUUCAUUCGUAAUCUUCAUGAUGCUUUGUCUGGCCACAGCAGCUCCAAUGUAGCUGAAGCUGUAAAAUACAGUGAGAGAUCUAAGACAAAAUGCAUUGGAAUUACCAUUGAAACCAGACCAGAUUACUGCUUGAAACGUCAUUUGAGUGAUAUGCUUUCUUAUGGAUGUACACGUCUAGAGAUAGGAGUGCAAAGUGUGUAUGAAGAUAUUGCUCGUGACACAAACAGAGGUCAUACAGUAAAAGCAGUCUGUGAGUCUUUUCAACUAGCCAAAGAUGCUGGAUUCAAAGUUGUAGCUCAUAUGAUGCCUGAUCUUCCUAAUAUGGACUUGGAGCGAGAUAUUGAACAGUUUAUUGAAUUUUUCGAAAACCCAGCAUUUCGAGCGGAUGGCUUGAAGAUCUAUCCUACUUUAGUAAUAAGAGGCACAGGUUUAUAUGAGCUGUGGAAGACAGGUCGCUACAAAAGUUAUCCUCCAAACACUUUGGUUGAACUAAUUGCAAGGAUACUAGCCUUAGUUCCACCCUGGACAAGAGUAUAUCGAGUACAGAGGGAUAUUCCAAUGCCCCUUGUGACAUCUGGUGUAGAACAUGGGAACCUAAGAGAGCUUGCCCUGGCACGUAUGAAAGAUCUUGGAACAAAGUGCCGAGACGUAAGGACACGGGAGGUAGGCAUACAAGAAAUCCACCACAAAGUUCAGCCUUAUGAGAUCGAGCUCAUUAGAAGAGAUUAUGUUGCGAAUGGUGGAUGGGAGACUUUCUUAUCCUAUGAAGACCCUGAACAAGAUAUUCUUAUAGGUUUACUGAGGCUAAGGAAGUGUUCUCAGGAAACAUUUAGGCACGAACUUAAAGGUGGUGUUUCUAUAGUGCGAGAGUUACAUGUCUAUGGAAGUGUAGUGCCUGUGAAUGCAAGAGAUCCAACCAAGUUUCAACAUCAGGGGUUUGGUAUGCUCUUGAUGGAAGAGGCUGAAAGAAUAGCCAUGGAGGAGCAUGGAGCAAACAAAAUCUCUGUUAUUUCAGGUAUAGGUACCAGGGACUACUACAGGAAGAUUGGUUAUGAGCUAGAUGGCCCUUACAUGUCUAAAUGGUUCACAUAGAAAAUGUUUAUGAAAAAAGUACAUAUUAGUGGUUUUAAUAAAAUUUUAUUGACAAACUGUC